GCCAUCCCGCGCGCCCGCCCGCCGCGCUCCCUCCCCGCCUCCCCCCCCCUCCCUCCCGCCCUCCCUCCUCCCGCUCCGCCCGGAGCGCCCUUCGCCCAACGCCGUUACCGGCGCCGACACAGCCGAGGCCCGAGCGCUGCCGCAGCCUGAGCCGACCCCGCACUGCCCACCAUGGACACCGGAGUCAUCGAAGGGGGUCUCAAUGUCACACUCACCAUCCGGCUACUCAUGCACGGAAAGGAGGUGGGAAGCAUCAUUGGGAAGAAAGGGGAGUCCGUGAAGAAGAUGCGAGAGGAGAGCGGAGCUCGCAUCAACAUCUCGGAAGGGAACUGCCCCGAGCGGAUCAUCACCCUCGCGGGACCCACCAACGCCAUCUUCAAAGCUUUUGCGAUGAUCAUUGACAAACUGGAAGAGGACAUCAGCAGCUCCAUGACCAACAGCACAGCUGCCAGCCGGCCUCCGGUCACCCUCCGGCUUGUGGUCCCUGCCAGCCAGUGCGGGUCCCUCAUUGGCAAAGGAGGCUGCAAGAUCAAGGAGAUCCGAGAGAGCACGGGGGCACAGGUCCAGGUGGCAGGAGACAUGCUGCCCAACUCGACUGAGCGAGCCAUCACCAUUGCUGGGAUCCCACAGUCCAUCAUCGAGUGCGUCAAACAGAUCUGCGUCGUCAUGCUUGAGUCUCCCCCGAAGGGUGUCACCAUCCCGUACCGACCCAAGCCAUCCAGCUCUCCCGUCAUCUUUGCAGGCGGCCAGGACAGGUACAGCAGCGGCAGUGCGAGCUACCCCCACACCGCCCCAUCCAUGUGCCUCAACUCUGACUUGGAGGGACCACCUCAGGAGGCCACCCGGCAGCCACUGCAUGGCAACGAACUUGGGCCAAUUCCAGCCUGGGCUGCAGUUCUUCCGGCCUAUACCAUUCAAGGACAGUAUGCCAUUCCACAGCCAGAUCUGACCAAGCUGCACCAAUUGGCAAUGCAACAGUCACACUUUCCAAUGUCUCAUGGCAACACUGGAUUCAGUGGCAUUGACUCCAGCUCUCCAGAGGUGAAAGGCUAUUGGGGUUUGGAUGCUUCUGCCCAAACCACCUCCCAUGAACUCACCAUUCCAAACGAUCUGAUUGGCUGCAUCAUCGGGCGUCAGGGCGCCAAGAUCAACGAGAUCCGCCAGAUGUCCGGGGCUCAGAUCAAGAUUGCCAACCCCGUGGAGGGCUCUACUGACCGGCAGGUGACCAUAACUGGAUCUGCAGCGAGCAUCAGCCUGGCCCAGUAUCUAAUUAAUGUCAGUUUAGAAAGCGCUAAACCCUCCUCCCAGGCAGCCUCCGUCACGAUCCCUGACCACCUCAGCAUCAACCUCUCUCAACCCUCCACCCCUUCUUCUUCUUCCUCCUCCACCACCACCCCCUCGCUCGCCACCGCGGGGGCCUCCGACGCACCCUCCAGCCUCCCCAACCCUCUUCCGACCGCCCCUUGUGUCUCCAGUCUGCUUGGCAUGAAACCUGUCCCUCUCCUGGCGCUAAAUGUCGUGUCUGCGGCCAAAGGCGCCGCGGCGCCCGCCGUGCCCUGUGUCACUAACAAACUCAAAGCGGAGAAGCAGAGGUUCUCCCCGUACUGAGGCUGCUCCAGGGGGUGGCAGCACCGGGACCCCGGAGAGGAGACUUGGAACAGCAAUUUUUUUUCUCUAUUAUUUUCCUCUUUUUUUUUUUUUUUAUUAUUUUUGGUUUUUUAAAUUUUCCUUUUUACUGAGCUCGUGUUGCCCUUGCAGCAGCAGAGCUUUUCUUGCCGGCCGAGAGACUGUGUCCCUGUGUCCUGUGAUCGAUCGGUCACAAUUCCUUCUCUGCCUGCCUGUAGUUGUUGCUUGUUAAUUUUUUAUUUUUUUUUUCCAUUUCUCCUCCUUUUCCCUUUUUUUAUUUUUUUUUUUUGAGUAGUGUGGGUGCAGUUGC